AUGCUCGCCCUCAUGCUCUGCUCCCUGACCGGCACCCUCUUCGUCUACCAGGGCCAGGAGAUCGGCAUGACCAACGUGCCCGCCGACUGGCCCAUUGACGAGUACCAGGACAUUGAGGCCCUCAACUACUACCGCGCCCUCGAGGCCCGCCCCGGCACCACCGACGCCGAGAAGCGCUACGCCAUGGAGAGCAUCAACCUCCUCGGCCGCGACAACGCCCGCAUCCCCAUGCAGUGGGACGACGCGCCCCACGCCGGCUUCACCGACGCCGACGGCGCCAAGCCCUGGAUGCGCGUCCACGACCUCUACCCCGAGAUCAACGUCGCCAAGCAGGAGCGCGAGCCCGACUCGGUCCUCCACUUUUGGCGCGCCCUCCUGCGGCUGCGCAAGCACCACCGCGACCUCCUCAUCCACGGCGCCUUUGCCGUCCACGAUGACGCCGACCCGCACACCUUUGUCUUCUCCAAGACGCACGGCGACCGCACCGCCGUCGUCGCCCUCAACUUUACCGCCGAGGACAGGCCCGUGACGCUGCCCGCGGUCAAGGGGCUGCGGGGCGAGGUGGGGCAACUAUGA